AUGAAAACAUACAAUACACUUGCCGAGCGAGGCUGCUGCCUGAUCCCCCGCUUGUCCGCCUAUGUCUUUGAGAGAAAUGAAAAGCAAAUAAUCGGCUUUAUAUGCGAGGAACUCCAGGGUAGGAUUGCUAGGCCUAGUGAUUACAGCGAGUGCAAGCGUAGCCUGGAGCAAUUGCACACCUACGGUAUCGUCCAUAGCGAUCUCAACAAAUUCAACAUCAUGAUUACUGCGGAAGCACCUCGAUUUUUUGACCUCGAGAAAUCGGUGCUAGAUACCGAUAACGACAUCUCGAAAGACGAUUUCUCACACCUACAACAAGAAGAGCUUGAAGGACUUGAAAAAGCUCUUCGUGAUGAAGAAGACUGGGGAAGACCCUGGCCAGAGUUGAAACCAUCUUGA